AUGGAGCAGAUCUACGCGGGCCAAAGUCUCUUUAUCACUGGCGGCACGGGCUUCCUGGCCAAAACCGUGAUCGAAAAGCUGCUGCGAUGCACUCCAAACAUCGCCAAGAUAUUUGUAUUGAUCCGCCCCCGCAAGGGUGUGGCUUCAGCUGAGCGUCUACAGAAGGAAAUCAUCGACAGUCGCGUCUUCGAUCGUCUACGAGCCGAACGACCCAAUGACUUUGAAGCUUUUGCAAGAGAAAAGCUACACGCAAUUGCAGGAGACAUCACGACACCCGAUUUGGGUCUCAGUGCAGAAGAUGCGCGACUAUUAAGAGCCUGUGUGCAGAUCUCCAUCCACUCAGCAGCUACCGUGCAGUUCGACGAGCCGCUGGAAGUGGCAGUGGAGAUGAACUGCGUGGGGUCUCUGAACAUUGCAAAGUUCGUGCAAAGCUGUCCAGGAAUCCGCUGCCACUUGCACGUGUCUACAGCCUACGUGAACAGUAAUCGACGAGAUACGAGGAUCUCGGAGGAACUGUAUCCGCUGGAUUUCGAUGCUCACGACGCACUGAGGGCAGUGACAACCGCGUCACCCAGUGAAUUGGAGCGACUGAGAGUGAACCUCAUGGGGACGUAUCCCAACACGUACACGCUCACGAAAUCCAUGACGGAGCAUUUACUGGUUAGAGAGAUCGCACCCAACUUCCCGUUAAUUAUUUACCGUCCGACAAUUAUCGGUGCAAGCUGGAAAGAGCCGAUGCCUGGCUGGAUCGACCAGAUCGCUGCAGCAGGCGCUAUCUUCUUAGCUGCAGGUAUGGGCGUGCUGACUAUGCUGCCGGGUGAUCCAAGAAACGUCGCGGACAUUGUUCCAGUGGACUUGGCUGUUAACAGCAUUCUUCUCUCUAUCUGUGCGAAGAUACAAGAGCAUGAAAGCUCGCGUGUGUCGUCCGAACCGUCUUGUCCGCUGGUUAAGGACGUCGCAGUGAAUAAACCGAUGGUGGUGCAUUGUGGGACGUCAGAUCCAAGACAAAACCCGCUACGUUGGCGUAUACCGUGUGUACUGGUACCUGAGUAUUUCCGCAAGAACCCACCAGCACGUGGACUCUUCCCAGCCAAGUUCUCCAUGAUCCCAACCCAUCAAAGCUUCCAGAUCCAAUGGUUCCUCACGUACGCGCUACCGUCGUCUGUGUAUUCAACUGUUGCGAACAAAAGCGGACAUCCAGGACACAUUAAAAAUGCAGCAAAGCUGUGGCAGCUCACGUGGCGUGCACGAAAUCUCGUGGAGUUAUUCAAGCCAUUCACUGAGAAUCAGUGGAUCUUCGUUGCAGAUGCUGCAGAGAAGACUCUCAGACCGUACGCUACCAAAGAUUUUUGGAUCGAUUCGCACGAGAUCGCGUGGGAGCGAUACGUACUGAAUUACUGCGUCGGGUUGAAGAAAUAUAUGCUGCAUGAAGACGUAAUCGACGUGGAUAUCGAAGGAGUGAAUCAAACGCAGCUGGCUCUGAGUACGGGGCGGAUUCUGGAUUGGGAUCCGGAUCACCACGCGAUUUCGUUCCCUGGACUUCUUUCCGACGUGGCGUGGGCGUACACGUCCAGUCGGAAGCCUGGCUACACCAAGUCUGGUCUCCUUGGUCGAGUUAUGGGUAUCACCGGAUGGAAGGAAGGUAUGAACCACGAGGCUUCGCACGUCCCAAGGCCGCAUGUGGAGUCUGUGGGCGGUCUUCGUAAUAGUGUUCUCGAGUCCGACGUCGUCCGUGCAGCUAUUAAAGAACGCGCAGUGGCUUACGGCAUGGAUAUCGACGACGUCGAGCGUCAAGCUGCCAGUAUACUGAGCACUAUGGCUGCACAGCUGGACUACAAGGCUGUGCGUAAGUUGGGAUGGCUUUUGCGGAAGGUGUGCCGCAACAUGUACGACCAGAUCCACGUGGAUGAAACGGGACUCACACGUAUCCGUGAGCUGCUGGCUGAGCGCCGUGGAAGUGUCGUUCUUGUGCCUACUCAUCGGUCCUACGUCGACUUCCUGCUCAUGAGCUACGUGUUUUUUGCCUACAAUAUCCCCGUUCCAUACGUCGCAGCUGGGGAAGAUUUCCUGCACAUGGGAAGUCUUAGUAAACUACUGCGGGAGUCCGGCGCGUACUUCAUUCGUCGCUCUUUCUCGGACGAUCCGCUCUACUCUGCUGUCUUUCGUGCUUACACGCAGUAUCUGGUGUCAAGAGGACACACGAUCGAGUUUUUUAUUGAAGGCUCACGCAGUCGAAGCGGCAAGCAGUUGCACCCCAAGUUUGGCAUCUUGAACACCGUCGUCGACUGCUAUCUAUCGGAGAAAGUCAAGAACCUCUACAUUGUACCCGUGACUAUCGACUACGAGAAGCCGCUAGAAGUGCUGCUACACCAGAAUGAACUUCUUGGAGAAGGCAAGAUCCGGGAGUCGAUCAGUGCGCUGUUCAAAGCCAUGCCUAUUGUGCGCAAGAAGUUUGGGUCCAUUUCAGUGAAAUUCGGUGUACCUUUGGACGUCAAACAACACGUGGAUGCAGCACUUACACGUGCUGAAGAGCAAGAGAUGUUUGUGCCCACGUCAGCUAUCGUCGAGGAUCUGGGCUAUGCUAUCACGGACGCGUUGAUUGACAAUGCGACGUGUGCGAUGUCACAUGUUGUGGCUGCUAUCUUGCUGGUGUAUCGUCAAGGCAUCUCCAAGCAGGAGCUGGUGCGCCAAGCUGACUGGCUGAGACUAGAGAUCCUACGUCGUGGGGGUCGAGUCGUUGGCACUCAAGGUCGCUCGCCUACCGUCGUCGUAGACCGCGCACUUGAGCUGCUUCACGAACUCGUCACUAUGCGACGCAAAGAUCUCGUCGAACCUGCCAUCACCAGUCGUGAGCAAUACCCCAACAUGAUCGGCCUCGGUUACUACCGUAACAAAAUUCUACACUGGUUUAACCGCGAAGGUGUCGUGGCUUGUGCGUAUCAAGCUCUGGAUGCGUUUAACUUGCCGUUUGGGGGUAGCAGCUCACAGUCAGUAUCAAGCAACUCGGAAUCUGGAGUGGAUCGUCAGGAAUUACUCGACGGCGCGUUGUUCCUGUACGAGAUGCUCACGAUGGAGUUCGUUCGCAAAGAUGACCCGGAGGCUGAUCGCGCACAUCUCGUUGAGGCACUAGCACAGCUUGAAACGCGCAAUGUUCUCGUUCCUGUGGCUACUUCCUCAUCGCGACUGGAGGCAGCAGACGGCGCGAUGUUAUCGCUGUUGAGUACGCUUAUGUGGCCAUUUAUCGACAGCUACUGGGUCGCUGUUACGAGUCUGUUUGCGUUGCGUCCACACGGUGAAGUUAGCACCGAAGACUUGCUCAAGCGCUUGCAAUGGCUCGCAGAGACGAUGUAUCAUGAGAAACUUAUAAGUUUCUACGAGUCUUGCUCUCGUGAAACCUUGCAAAACGCCUUGGCAUUGCUGGAACGGUGGGGAGUUCUCUCCAGUCGACGUCUUCCAAGCAAGGAGAAGAGCAAGCCCAAUGCGAACAAACCAGCAGUGCAACUUUUGAGUUUGUCUUCACAGUACGUGAAGGAUGGCGAGCUGGAACAACUUGCCUUGCGUGUUUCUAAGUUCCGUAAACUACCGCCAGGAGUGCAACCUGCCACUACCAGCGAGACCGAAGUGUUGGCUCGCUUGCCUGCACUUUCCCGUAUGUAG